AUGUCAUCCAAGGUCUCGCCACGGAUCCAAGAAGUCCGAGAUCUGGUGAAGGAAGAUCCCUCGAAAGCAGCAACCAGUUACCAGAAGAUCCUCUCAGAGGGCCCCGGAUCUACAGAGGCCUCUUCACGAGACUAUGAACAGGCUUUGAUUGGACUGGGCGAGUUGCAUCGGGAUGCGAAGAAGCCACAGGAGAUCGCGGACCUCAUCAAGACCAGCCGUGACACCUUCUCGUCAUUUGCCAAAGCCAAGACAGCCAAGCUGGUCCGUCAACUUCUGGAUCUGAUUAGCGAAAUCCCCAACACACUCGAACUCCAAGGCAACGUUAUCCAAUCAUGCAUAGAAUGGGCUAUUGCCGAGCGGCGAUCGUUCCUUCGCCAGGCCCUUCAAGCUCGACUCGUUGCCAUCUAUAUGCAGAAGCAAUCCUAUUACGAUGCACUCACUCUUAUCAACUCUCUUCUCCGUGAGCUGAAGCGCCUGGAUGAUAAGCUUAUGCUGGUGGAAGUACAACUACUUGAGUCGCGUGUGUACCAUGCCCUAGGCAAUCAGGCCAAGGCGCGUGCUGCUCUGACGGCAGCACGCACAUCGGCAGCCUCCGUUUACACGCCGCCGAACCUGCAGGCCGGUCUGGAUAUGCAGAGCGGCAUGCUCCACGCCGAAGACAAGGACUUCACCACUUCAUACUCUUAUUUCAUUGAGGCACUUGAGGGCUACAGCUCGCUCGAUGAGGGAGAUCUGGCCACGGCGACAUUGCAGUACAUGCUUCUGUGCAAAAUCAUGCUGAACUUGGUGGAUGAUGUCACACAGCUGCAAGGCUCGAAACAAGCGCAAAAGUAUGCCAGUCCACGCCUAGAGGCAAUGAAGGCCGUGGCACGGGCACAUGCCAACCGGUCUUUGGAAGAGUACGAGAAGGCUCUUUCGGACUACAGAUACGAACUGGGCAGCGAUGUAUUCAUCCGAAACCACCUCCGUCGUCUUUACGAUGCCAUGCUGGAACAGAACUUGAUCAAGGUCAUUGAGCCCUUCAGCCGGGUCGAGCUAGACCACAUUGCAAAGAUGGUUGGGUUGGACACACAGCAGGUCGAAAGGAAGUUGUCUCAAAUGAUCUUGGACAAGGUGAUCAUCGGUGUAUUGGACCAGGGCUCGGGGUGUCUGAUUGUGUACGAUGAGACGGAACGUGACCAAGCUUACGAUGCUGCACUGGAGACAAUCGAAAAGCUCGGUAACGUGAACAGAAAGUUUUGUCCUCUCGACUAUGUUGUUCGCGAUCGUCCGAAAAGGGUAAAGCGCGACGGGCAAAAGAAUCGCGACCUCGCAUCUCCGACAUCUCGCAUCUUUCCCCCCCCCAUCCGUCAUCCUCCCACCACCGUUUCGGUGCUUAAUUUCUCCAUAAUGCAAGCUCCAAUGCAACAGCACUAUUCUCGGGCUAUGCCCCCAAAUGCUCAGCGAUCUCCAGCCGCGCCCCGUCGCCCCCCAGGGCCAGGUGGCGCAGUACCUGUUCCAAUGCCACAGCACGCUGUUGCCCCCCAAUACAUGGCCUCACGUCCCAUGCCCCACCCCAAUGAUGCUGCCCUUCGGCGCAGCCGCAAGCCGACCGACAGGAACCUCCCCGACGGCAUUGAAGACGUGAUCAUCGGCGAGGGUGUUCAGCAGUAUAAAAACCUUCGCGACUUGGAAAAGCGAUUGGAUGCCGCUGUUGUGCGGAAGAGACUGGAUAUCCAAGACUCUAUCAAUAAAACAGUCAAGAAGUAUCGGACUAUGCGCAUCUGGAUCUCUAAUACUGUCGAAAACCAGCCAUGGCAAGGCCCAGGCAACAACCCAGGCUCCGGUCGCUACAAAGUGCGCAUCGAAGGACGUCUGCUAGACGAUGAAACUGACCCUACGGUCCCCGACGAGGACGAGAAAGACGAAGAUGCGAUGGACCACGAUGGAGCUGAGGAGGAUAAGGCGAAGAAAUCCGAAUCCAAGAGCCAGCCCCAGCGCUUCUCGCAUUUCUUCAAGGCUAUCACCAUCGACUUCGACAAGCCCGUCUCGGCAAUCCCCGACGAGGUCAAGCCGGUUAACUGGUCUAAACCAAACACACACUCCAACACACCUGCGCCCCCGAGUGCCGAAUUUGACAGUCUACAGUUCUCCCGAGCCUCACAGGACAACCUGAAUGUCACCAUCAGCCUUGUCCGGGACGAAAUCCCAGAGCGAUACAAGUUGAGCAAGGAGCUGGCUGAGGUUCUGGAUGUCGAAGAGGAGACCCGGAGUGGAAUUGUUCUCGGAAUCUGGGACUACAUCCGCGCCAUGGAAUUGCAGGAAGACGAGGAGAAGCGACAAGUGCGCUGUGAUCAUCGUCUACGCUCGAUCUUUGGCCGGGAGCAAAUGUUCUUCCCCCAGAUCCCUGAAAGCGUCGGUCCUCACACCAGCCCAAUGGAACCAAUCAAGCUUCCCUAUACCAUUCGCGUUGACGAAGAGUUCCACGGCGACCCAACGCCGACUAUCUACGAUAUCCAGGUCGCAGUUGAAGAUCCGCUACGCACCAAGAUGAUGGCUCUCACUCAGAACCCAGCGUACACAAGUGGCCUACGCCAGAUCUCCUCGCUUGAUGACCAAGUUGCUUUGAUUGUCCAGGCUCUUACACACUCCCGUGCCCGCCACUCAUUCUAUACUGCUCUGAGCAAGGACCCGGCCAAUUUUGUUCGUCGCUGGAUCAGCUCUCAGCGCCGUGAUCUCGAGACUAUCAUGGGCGAAGCUACCCGUGGAGGUGGUGAGGAUGGUAGCGGACCUGAGUUCCGUUAUGGCGGCGUUGAUGGCCCCUGGGACUCUGAGGUUGCUAAGGAAGCUGUGCGGUACAUGCUGGCUAAACCCGAAGCUGCGGCAGCUCGGUAG